GGGGAAAUACUGUAAUUGCAAAUAUUUGGGUGUUUUCCGCAAUGAUGUUUCUCUUUGGAUAAAAAUCUAGUUUACUAAAUUAAUCGGAAUUGUGUUGUAAAUUAAUGUAUAUUAGGUGGCAGUUAAAUAAGACUAACACAAAUCUGUCUAAAAUGGUUAUGGUUAUUCUGAAGCAGCAAUAAUAAUAGUAUAUUAAUCAUCUAUCAUCUCUCCUGUUUUGUUUACAUCUGUGAUUGUCAUGUUUUCUAUUAAGGAACAGCAAAUCAAUUAUCAAUCAUAGGUGGAUGAUUAUCAUCGCUGAUCCAACUUUAAUCGCUUUUUUACAAGGCCAUUCCAUUGCUGCAUUUUGAUUACCAUCUUCAAUUGUUAUCGUUUCAGGAUGGAGAGUCAUUUACCAUCAUCACCAUCACCAGUUUCUAACUCGUCUCACGGUGACGAAUUCGAGGGUAACUCUGAUACUGCGAUGCUUUCUCCGUCUUCAAGUACAUACAAACCUUUGCCUUUGAAACAAAAAUUAGGUUACAGUGUAGGCCACGUGCUAAAUGAUCUAUGUUCCGCAAUAUGGUUCAGUUAUUUACUGGUUUUCAUGACUCUGGUCUUGGGAUUUUCUUCUACCAAUGCCGGUAUAUUGUUAUUAGUUGGUCAGAUUGCUGAUGGAGCAGCAACUCCUAUGGUAGGAAUAUUUUCUAACAAAAUAACUUUUCGCAAUUAUGGUGCAAAAAAAUUCUGGCAUCUUAUUGGAUCCAUAUCAGUGCUUACCAGUUUUCCGUUGAUCUUCAACUCUUGUAUUUUUAACUGUGAUAACUCUUCACCAUUAGCACGCAUAGCUUACUAUUCAAUAUUCAUCUCUAUCUUCCAAUUUGGAUGGGCUUCUGUUCAAGUGUCUCAUCUCUCAUUGAUACCUGAUUUAACACCCAAUUCCAAUGAGCGUAUUGGUUUGAAUUCACUCCGAUAUUCAUGGACUGUAAUUGCCAGCAUCACUGUUUAUAUAAUUACCUGGUUGGUUCUGUCUGUAGAUCAAACAGUUGAAAAUAGUACACCUCAAAAUGAAACUUCACCCUCUUUAACUGAAUAUCUUUCUGCAAAUGCAAGUUUUCAACAUGAUUCCACUAUUGGGCCUAAUGAUGCUUCCAAAUUCCGUAUACUGGUCAUCUCAAUAGUAUCCAUUGGAGCCUUUUUCACCUUAUUAUUCCAUGUGAUUGUAGACGAAAAAUCAAGAACAAAUCGCUCUCGCACGGAUGAAGAAAACUCCAAUGAAAGAUCAAUCGAUACCGAACCUCAUCUCAGAUGGUUUGAUUGGUUUAGUGUUCCUCAAUUUUACAGUAUUGGAAUUUUAUACAUGGGAACCAGAUUAGUUAUCAAUUUAACUCAAGUUUAUAUUCCUUUUUAUCUUCAUUUCACCUUAGACUUGAGGAAAGAGAGUAUUGCCUACAUUCCUCUAAUCAUGUAUUGUGCCUCUUUUCUAGCCUCUCUGAUCACCAAAUACCUAGAUACUAUUUUUAAUAAACGCGUUUUAUAUGGAAUCGGAGGAGUUGUAUCGGGUGUAACUUAUGCUUGGAUGUAUUAUGGUUCUGGAUCAUUUUACCGUGUUUAUGGAAUAUUUAUUGUCGUUAUUUUACUUGGUUUUUCGGGUGCCUUAAUGUUGGUGGUAUCUUUAGGCCUAACUAAUGAUUUAAUUGGCCACAACACAUCUUCUGGAGCUUUUGUUUUUGGUGCCAUGAGUUUACUCGACAAAGUGUCAAAUGGUCUUGCAGUAAUGGUAAUACAAAAGAUACACCCUACUGAUUCACCUUCAUCAAUCGGUCACGUUGGCUUUUAUCGUGAUGCAAUUACGUAUGCUUGUGGUGGAGGAACUCUAAUAGGUCUAUUUGGUUUAAUCAUGAUCUACAUUAAACCCAUUAGGACGUAUAAGCGUACACAAACAUGAUCAAGCCAAAUUUACGAUCGUUUUUGAAUUUUAUUCCAUCCAUUGAUUAUUUUAAUAUAUUUUAUAUUUAAAUGCUUAAAUACUCCGAUUGUUCAUUUUCAUAAAUUUUUUAAACUAUUUUAAAUUAUGUGGUGACAAAAUGUACAAUCCGAUCUCUGAAUUUCUUGUCAAUCUUGAUAAUCUUCUGAAAUGUCACACAAAAUAAAUAUGUCAUUUUUUCUAGUAAUUUUAUUCAAAUAAUAAAGCAAUGAAGCAAUAUUUUUGUAAA